AUGGGACUGUGUCUCUCAAAGUAGGAAGCAGAACAGCAUACAACAUUAUCGUAGGAAAAAUUCUAAUAAGAGGAUGAACUUGAUGGGAUUCAGGUUGAACAAAUUAGAUUAAGUGAUGAGGAGAAAGUAUCACUUAAGGAUUUUGAGUUUCUUAAAGUAUGAAUUCUCUAGACAAGGUUCUUGGAAGAGGUGGUUAUGGAAAGGUAGUCUUAGUUAAUCACAAGGGUCAAUCUAAAUUAUAUGCUAUGAAAAUUUUAAGAAAAGAUCUUAUACAAUAAAUGAAUUCUCGAAUUUAUAUGGAAACGGAGAGAAAUAUCUUGGCUUUGGUUAAGUGUCCUUUUAUAGUGAAUUUAUAUUAUGCUUUCCAAACAAAACAGAAAUUGUAUUUUGUUAUAGAUUUCAUGAUAGGAGGUACUGUUUAUUAUCUUAUUCAAAAAGGAGAGCUAUUUUACCAUUUGAAACGAAUAGGCAAAAUGGAAGAAUCAUGGGCCAAAUUCUAUUGUGCUGAAAUCAUCCUUGCUAUAGAAUAUCUCCACAGUCAGAAUAUUAUCUAUAGAGAUUUAAAGCCUGAAAACAUAUUGUUGGAUCAAGCAGGGCACAUAAAAAUCACUGAUUUCGGUCUCUGCAAAGUCGAUAUAAAAGAGGGAGAUUUCACUACAACUAUUUGUGGCACCUAUGAUUACAUGGCUCCAGAAAUAUAUUUGAAAAAAGUACAUUUACUCAUAUUGAUAUUAGGGUCAUAACCAAAGUGCUGAUUGGUAUUCCUUGGGAAUCCUGCUGUAUGUAAUGUUGCAAGGCAUCCCACCAUUCUAUUCACAGAAUAAAAGAUAAAUGAUUCGUAGUAGAUUGGAGAGACAAAUUGAAAUCAAGACUCCCAUCUCAGAAGAAGCCACAGAUCUUAUUAAGUAAUUACUAAAGAAUAAUGUAAGUAUUUAUCAAUUAAAUUUCAAAGCCCAAAGACAGAUUAGGAUCAGAUGGAUCUAAUGAGGUGAAAUCGCAUCCAUUCUUCAAUGGAAUCGAUUGGAAUGAUGUUAUGGAUAAGAAGGUUGCACCUCCAUUCAAACCUAAAUUGUUUGGAGAUCGAGAUCUUAGAAAUUUUGACGUUGUAUCAUUUAUUCAAUUUAUGAAUUUUACAUCUAGACAUUUACAUAAGAGGUUGUGUAAGACACUCCUAUGCAAUCUAUGAUGCAAGAAGAGAAUUACGACAAGUUUUCUUAUCAAGAACCAGAAUUGUUUGUGACUAUGAAUGAAGGUUUCUCGCUUAAUAAAUGA